AUGGCACAAACUACACCGCCACCUGACCGAGACGUCUUCGCAAAGGGAAUAGGGGCUGAAGAUAGUCGAGGAAAAGUCAACUUCGACGUCCCGCGCGCUGGAAAGCCGUGCAAGACCUGGUACAAAGUCUACGGCGACAUAUCCGACCGCUCCAUCACCCCAACCAUCGUCCUCCAUGGGGGUCCAGGACUCUCUCAUUGGUCCGUCGAGCCCAUCGCGGCUGGCAUCGCUGAGCAAUAUUCGCUUCCGACUGUCGUUUACGAUCAGGUCGGCUGCGGCUCGUCCACGCAUUUGCCCGAAAGGAACGGUGACGUCAGCUUUUGGACGAUCCAGCUGUUCAUCGACGAGCUGCAUAACCUCCUGCACAACCUUGGCGUCCACGAUAGCGGCUACAACCUCGUCGGGCACUCAUGGGGAGGCAUGCUCGCCGCGUCCUUUGCCAUUCAAAAGCCGAAGGGGCUUAAGCGGCUCGUUCUGCACUCAGCGACAGCUAACGUAACGCUGUUCGCGAAGGGCGUUCAGGAGCUGCGGGCCGCGCUUCCCCAAGACGUCCAGGAGACGUUGAGCAAGCACGAGGAAGCUGGAACCGUUGACAGCAAGGAGUACAUGAGCGCCGUCACGGAAUUUGGCGCGCGACACAUAUGUCGUAUUAGCCCUCAACCUGAUUCAGAAGCCAAGGCAAUGCAAAGCGUGUUCGCUGAUCCAACUGUGUACUUUACGAUGAAAGGCAAAACGCAUCUUGAUACCACCGGCUCGCUCAAGACCUUCGACCUCACCGCCGAGCUGGGGAACAUCGAGGUCCCAACGCUCGUCACAAACGGUCGGCAUGAUGUCGCACAGGACAUAUCCGUGUACCCUUUCUUUGAGCAUAUCCGUCAGGUUAAAUGGGUGCAGUUCGCAGAUUCAUCGCACGUGGCACAUCUCGAGGAGCCUGAUAGGUUUCUGGACGUCGUCACCCGUUUCCUGAAGGGCGGUUCGUAGUCGACAGGACUUACAAGGACCCGGGCUCGUAGAAGCGAAAAACCACAAAGUGUGCGCGAAGUAUGUUCGAAUAAAGUAUGCAACAUUUCGAUAUCAUAUGCGCAAUCGUGAAAGUAGCACGAAUAUUCACA